AAACCAAUACUGACUGCCAUGUUAAAUAACACUUGUAUUAGCAAAUGGUUUUCAUUUGUAUUGUUACUGGUAAGUUUCAGUGUACAAGUCGAAGGGCAAUAUUGCAGAUCAACAGGCCACUUUAGAGCUCUAAGCCCUCCACCAGGGCAAUGCACAUACAAGUGCUGCGUCGAAAACAAUGUUUACUUCACCUUUGAAUGCUCCCCUUUAGUAACCCCUCAAACAGAGGGAAUCCUCGCCUUGAAAAGCUUUCAGAAUAGCCAAUCAAAGUGCAACAACACUAACAACCACUCGGACAGGUCACUGGUGGUUGCACUAUCAACUGGGUGGUACAAUGGUGGUGCUCGAUGUGGUAACAGGAUCGUGAUAAGGGGCAAUAGGCAGAUUGUGGUAGCUAAAGUAGUUGAUGAGUGUGAUUCUACAAAGGGAUGUAAUGCAGAAGAGGGUUAUCAUCCUCCUUGUGGGCGUGACAUUGUUGCUGCAUCUAUGGCUGUUUGGCAGGCUCUGGGAAUCCCACAGAGACUAUGGGGCGCCCCGAUUAAUAUCAAAUGGGCUGAUGCUGGGAUAAUAAAUUAGAUCUAUUAUGAUUUGUGACAAUCUAUAUUCUGGGUUAUAUGAUAAUCAUAAUUGUAACGGAGCAUAUGAGCUAAAGUAAAGUAGUAAAUAUGUAUUUCCACUACUCCAAUUCCAUCCAAACUGGCAAUAAAGAAGAACACUAGCAAGUUUAAGCAAUAAACUCUUCCUGAAG